GGUCGGAGCGACAACAGUGUGACAGAGUUGCGGCAGGGCAGAUCAGAAAGUGCCUGUGGCUGCGCUCCCCCGCUCAGCGCGCUGAUCCCUGGACGGAGAGAGUGGCACAAGGCUGGGGAGACGCUCCGGAGGCAGCCGGCCGGCCGGGGGGUGAAGCCUGCGGGAACUGACUUUGACGACCAGACCCGGACGCUGCUGGCAGGAAAGGUGGAAGUAACUAUAUUCAUUGACUUUUGAGCGAUGCACUGGCAGCAUGGCCAAGUGGUUCAAGGAGCACCUAGGAUUCAAAACUACCAAAGCACCCCCUCCGGCGCCGCCGAAACCGGACUACAGAUACUGUCACACUGGUGUGCCCGGUGCGCCUGGCUACCAGCAGCCAAGCUCCGGGGCCACUUACCCGAGCCCCGCUCAGCCGGACAUCCUCGCUGCGUACAAACUACAAAAGGAGAUGGACUUCGAAGACCCGUACACUCCAGGUGGGAAUAUUUCCUUUGGGUCAAGCUUGAACACUGUGGGCUCCCCGGAUAUAAAGUAUGUGUCGCCAAAGCACCGGCUAAUCAAGGUGGAAACAAUCGAAAAGAGCAGCCCGGCUCCGGGCGGCGGUAUCACGGUGACCCAAGCUGUCGCUGUAGGGAGUGUUAAAUCUCCAACUUCACCUCCGUCGGACCAUGACAACAAGGAAAAGCUCAUUAUCCUUGAAGACUAUGCGGACCCUUUUGAUGCUGAGCAGGCUGGCGGGACUCAGACCAGCACAGAGAAAGUGACGACUGAGAAUGACGGCUACAUGGAGCCCUACGAAGCCCAGAAGAUGAUGGCAGAGAUCCGAUCUGGUGGGCGAGGACCAAAGGAUGGACCAGUGAGGCAGCUGCCACUGUAUGACACCCCGUACGAGCCAGCUGAGAACGGUGGGGACUCUGAUCCUGAGCGCUUGCGUUGCCCCAGAGAAAGCCGACUGCCCCAGGACGAUGAACGACCCCCUGAGGAGUAUGACCAACCCUGGGAGUGGAAAAAAGAGAGGAUUUCCAAGGCCUUUGCAGCUCUGCUUUGUUAUGACUGCAUUAGCUACGAGGGCUCUGUAAGUGGCACUGGAUCAAUUCCCCACAGAAGAAAGGACUGCACUUCUAAAUCCCUCACAGUCCAGUUUGACGGUGUGGAGAAGUCUCGCAUGUCACCCACCAAGGAGGGAAAAAGUCGGCCACCACAGCGCCACUCCAGUGGUUGUCUGGUGAACACCAAGAUGACCUCAAUGGACCACUGUAGCUCCUCACUUGGGGAGCGCAUCGACCCCACCAUGCCCCUGGAGAGCCAGUUCUGGUACCAUGGAGCGAUCAGCCGGACAGACGCAGAGUCCCUGCUAAGGCUGUGUAAGGAGGCAAGUUACCUGGUGAGAAACAGUGAGACCAGCAAGAAUGACUUCUCACUCUCCCUUAAGAGCAGCCAGGGCUUCAUGCACAUGAAGCUGUCGCGGACGAAGGAGAACAAGUACAUCCUGGGCCAAAACAGCUGUCCUUUUGAUAGUGUGCCUGAGAUCAUCCAUUUCUACUCCAGCCGCAAGCUACCCAUAAAGGGGGCUGAACACAUGUCUUUGCUGUACCCUGUGGCCAUCAGGACACUAUAGUGCCAUGGGUCACCUCCAGGUGUCAGACCUGCCCGGCCCCUGCUGUAUUCACUGGGCCACCCUAUGGCUCUGCUCCUCCUGUCCCUCCUUUCGUCAGAAUUGCGGGGCUGGACAGAGCUCUGUAGGAUCAUAGGAAUAUGAACAGUGGCAUCCCAACCUGCUGAAUCUGACUCACCUCACUGACCCACAGGUUCCAGAUCUGCUUUGAUGCCUACUACACACUAUCUCAUACACAGGACUCACUGUCGUGAAAGUCUUUUUUUUUUUUUUUUUUUUUUUUUUUUGUAUUUAUGACAGACAGCCAGACAUCCACUUCAUAACAUCACAGACUGACAUGUCUGAUUAACACCAUUUCUUUGAUUUCUUAGCUGAUUUCCCUUAGCACUCUAUGCUCUCAGAAAAAAAGGUACAUUAUAACUUUUGUCACUGGGCUGUACCUUUUUGUCAUAAAAAAAAAAAAAAAAAAAAAAACUUUUUUCCUGAGAGUGAUUAUAAUUAUUGUCUGUAAACGUGCUUGUUUGAUUUUCUCAUUUGGUAAGGCUCUGUUGAUACUGUAAGAGUAAUUGUUUAUCAAGGGGACCUGAAGAUUGUAAAAGUCACACAAAGGAAGGGACAUUUAUGAGGCAUGUUGAGGGAUAUUGUCCACAUGGGCCCCAUACAGCAGCCAGGAUAUUGAAUAAGCUGCCCUUAUGUGAAUGGUGUGUCCCCGGCAGUGCAGAAACAACAGGCCUGUGAGCUGUGCAGACUGAUGUCUCUAUCUUGUCAUAGUGCAUGCUGUCUGCUAUCCAUCACUGAGUGGGUGUAUCACACAAAUGACAAUGUAAGUACCGUAGUGGUUAGACAGGCAGCAGAGCAUGAUAGAUGGGUCAGCCCAUCUGACACAGUACAAUUGGCUAAGGCCAGAGACCAGAGCCUGUCCAAAUAGACCAAAUUACCCUCACUAUCCCAGCUUUGAAUGGCUUUGCAUCGGGAGAAUGAAAUAUGCCUGCAUUGUCUACCUCAGAAAAUCAAUUUCAUUCGCCCAUCUGCAGAUCAAUAGGUACAAUGGGAUUGCAGAUAUCGAUCUGCCCUCCCAUCUCAAUUUCCAAUUCCCUAGAAUUACAUCAUCGGUUUAGAAUUUUUUUUUCCCUGUUUGUUUGUUUGUUUAGUUUUGCAUAAAGUCAUAAACUCCAAGGUUUUUUUUGUUUGUUUGUUUGUUUUUGUUUUUGUUUUUUUUUAACUAAAAAAAUGAACAGAUUUUCCAGAUCAGUAAUUGUAUGUAUAGUCACUAAUAUGAUAUUGUGUGAUGUCAGUAACAAAUGUUUGGUUAAUGCCUUAUAAUGCAUGGGUCAAAUCAGUCCGCUAGAUCAGCUGAUUUCCAAUUCUGCUUUUAACGAUUGUUCUGUGACUGUAAUUUAUUCUGGGGUAAUUAUUACUGAUGUGUUACUCCUUUGUGAUGGCCUAUCAGCCCCCCGGCCCUCAUUGUUCUGUGCUGAUGUGAUCGUGUUUUUUGGGAAUACUCCAGCCUCUUCUACUGUGGUGCUUUGCAUUUUUAUUGUUUCAAGUUCUGCUAAUGUAUGUUUGCCUCUGUGGCCUGACUCUGGGACACGAGUCAUGGUGUCUCCUGACCAACAGGAUUGUUGAGCCUCACUUGAGAGACUAUUGCAAAUGUCCCUGGACCAAUCACAGCACACCCUGUUCCAACUGGAUUAGCACUGACCUUCAGACUGUCACACUUCCACUAAGCGUUAAAAACUCUCGACCAUCUUCCCUUUACUAUUAGGUGUGCAUACAUGUGUGCAUGUGUAUGUGCUUAUGUGCGUGGGUGCAUGUAUGCACGUGUCCAACGCAUUGAUGUGUACACCUUUGUGUAUGCUAUACAGUACGUAUGCACUUGAGUAUGUGUGCAGACUUUAUGAGUUCCAGUGUGUGUUCUGCCCUACUGGUACAGACUGAGGUGACAACCCUUGCUUGAAUCUCUUUGGUUGUCAGAGUCUUUUUUUUUUUUUUUUUCCCCUUAGCCAGAGUGACUGGGAUCCAGCCCCAUGGCGUGGUCAUGUUCCUUUCCACUUAUAUCCACACAUUAAUCAUUGAUAUGAAUGAUACAUCUGUUUUUUGGGCAACUUUCCAGAAUUCAUCACUCCUGGACUAGGGCAGAAUGAUAUGGCAAACAAAGUAUAUUGCAAUGAUUUUGAAAGAUAUGAUUCACAAUUUUAGUAGGAUUAUUUUUGCAUCUGAAUUU